UGGGGGCGUGUCUUGCUGAGGCAAUACUAUUAAUAAUAUUAUUAUAAAAGAAGAGAUGUUUCGUCGCAAGCUACGAGCUCUUGACUACCAUUCAUCAGACGCCAUCGAUGUAAGCAAAUCAUGUGACAUCAAAGCAUUAGUGUAUUGGCUCGAGAACAAGAAAAUACGUAACUACAAAAUAGAAGAUCGAGCACCCUUACGCAACCAAUCAGAUGAGGCAUGGAAAACCACGUUCAAGAAAUAUUUAAACAGUUUGGAAUGUCCGUUUAAUUGUGAAACUGAGUUAACAUCUGCUGUUGAUUGGUUGGUGGGUGUGGCCUUGAGGUACGAGUAUGCUGAUGCUGCUGAAAAUAACGAAGAGCUUUUACGCGGUCUUCAAGAAGCUAAACCACUGGACAAAGACAUCGGAACAAAACCCCCUCUUGAUCUCGAUCCAAGCGAUAAAUUAUUUGCUAGUGGAGUUCAAGCGCUCGCCAAAAUUCUACUAAUAUCCAGUCAUCCUGAUGUGUCAGUUCUCCUAGAAGCUUGCAAGAUUGUCAUUAAAGAGAAACUGUCAAAAGAUGCUCUAGAAAAAGCUGCUGAGAAGCAAAAAACCACAUCUAAAGAAGACAAGCAAUACAAUAUUUCACCCAAGGAUUGUGGUUUUGAAUUACCCGACCCGUGUCUAGGGGAGGCAGCAAAGGUUUUACGACUUCUACACAUUCAAGAAUUGAGGUAUUUGCAGACGAACAUCAACGGAUUGAUUGUGGCUGUUCAGAACAUUACUGCCAAUCCCAAAACUGACCAAUCACUGGGACUAGUGGGACGCUGAUUUAAUAUUAAUUAUUUUGUGAUUAUAAUUAAUUUUGUAUCAUUGAUAAUUUUGAUGUAUAAAUCGCGACACCUAUAUA